AACUUUAACACCACCUUCCCAAAUAGGCCCUAUAUAUUGAUCUCGAGGGUUGGACGCCGUGGAUUCCAGCGAUCUCUCCAGCACUAGCACGUUUGAAUCAACAACGCAGACUUCGCCUCAACGAACAGGGAUUCCCCGGUUCCCCCACAGGCGCAGGCGCGCAGCACCCGUGACACGGCGACUGAUCAGAUCAGAGCACACCUGGGAGGGAGGGAGGAAGGACGAUGGGCUUGGAGCCGGACAUACGACGGAUCCGGAGCGAGCUCCGCAAGAUAUGGGUCGACCCGCCGGCGUUCUGCCGGCCCGGCGCGUCGCCGGUGACGGACCUCCUCCACUGGGAGGUGGUCAUCGACGGCCCCGACGGCAGCCCCUACUUCGGAGGGACGUUCCCCGUAGACAUCGACUUCAGCAUUUAUCCCCUGAGUCCCCCAAAGAUCACCUCAAAACCAAGGUGUACCACCCGAACAUCAACUCGGAUAGGGAGAUGACGCUGGGCAUCUUGCACUACGAGGACUGGAGCCCGGCAACGACCAUCCACGGGAUCCCUCAUCUUCAUCGUCUCCGUGCUCUGCCACCACAUGCUCGACGGCCACCGGACCAACGACGAGGUCAACGACGUGUACGAGAGAGACAUCGAGCUGUACGAGCAGCUGGCCAUUGCGUGGACCUGGAAGUACUCGGCGCCGAUCGUCUCCCACUACCCGACCGACGAAUUAGACGAGCGGUGGCUGGACCACUGCGACGCCGUCGCCACCAAGCGUGCUGCCGACGAGGCGGAAGAGAGGCUGCGCCGCUACGAGGAAGAGAGGCGGCGCCACCAAGAGGAGGAAGAGGCGUUGGAGCGCCGCGCCGCCGCGUCGUCUUGGCCUGCCCGUGCAAGGAGGAUCGCGUUGCUGCCCCGUGUGACGUGGAAACGGGUGGUGGCGUUUCUUCAGGGAUGGUCCAUCGCCUUGCCGUUUGCUACCUCUAGGAGGCGCUUUUCUUCUACCGUGCUGCUCCCUUUGUCCAAUUAUACUGGACGCGCUUGUUUUUAGAACAGAAACCAAUUUAUAUGUUUAUUAACGUGCAUAAAAGUGGAUUUGUAUAUAUUUCAAGGACAUCUCACAUUGGUAUUGUAACUAUUAUAUUGCAUGAGAAAAUGAUUGUCUAAAUUUA